AUGUCAAUUGUAUCGCUCCUUGACGUCAAGGUCACCAACAACCCCGCCAAGUUCACGGACUCUUAUGAGUUCGAAAUCACCUUUGAGUGUCUCGAGCAGCUGGAAAAGGACCUCGAGUGGAAGCUGACGUACGUCGGCUCGGCCACCAGCGAUCAGCACGACCAGGAGCUCGACUCGCUGCUCGUCGGACCGAUUCCCGUCGGCGUGAACAAGUUCAUCUUCGAGGCCGACCCACCAGACGUGAAGCGCAUCCCCGAUGCCGAGAUCCUGGGCGUGACUGUCAUUUUGCUGACGUGCGCAUACGACGGCCGCGAGUUUGUGCGCGUUGGCUACUAUGUGAACAACGAAUACGACUCGGACGAGCUCAACGCAGACCCGCCGGCCAAGCCACAGGUCGACCACAUCCGCCGCAAUGUGCUGGCGGAGAAGCCGCGUGUGACACGGUUCGCCAUCAAGUGGGAUUCCGACGCAUCAGCACCAGCGGAGUUCCCUCCCGAACAGCCCGAGGCCGAUCUGGCCGCAGACGAGGAAGAGUACGGUGCCGACGAGGCCGAAGACGCCGAGGAGGAUGAGACGGCCGCGCCUGCUCCGAACCCCGAGGGCGAGGACGCCGCCAUGAACGGCGCCGACGAAGCUGGUCCCGCGCAGGCUGGUGGCGAGGGCGAGGUUGAAGGGGAGGCCGAUGGUGAGGAGGACGAGAUGUCAGACGAUGGCAGUGUCGAUAUUGAAGGCGAGAGUGACGACGAGAUUGAGGAGGACGAAGAGGGCGAGGGCGCCGAGGCUGCCGAAGGUGCCGAGGACGAUGCGAUGGACGUUGAUUCGGACAAGCCUGCACCCGAUGGUCCUCACCCGGUCGAGGUGAUGUCGCAUUAA